GGGAGUGUCUGGUUACCAACAGUCAGUGAGAGCUGGAGGUGAUCUUUAACCCAGAUUUCUGCUCUGUGACCUCGUUUCGAUCAGCUGGCGAGAACAAAGCAUUAAUGAGUAAAGAGUCACAUGAAAGGUAUGGAAGACAAUGAUGAAGAGGAGCUCUGCAGUAAGACCAGUAAUCCAAAGCUGGUUCCGCUGGACAGGCUUAAGGCCACGAUGGAACUUUUUGUGGAGGAACAGACAGAAGCCAAUAUGUGGACAGCUGUACUGAUCGGAGCAGUGAUGGUGAUGUCUGUCGUUGGAGUUGUUGUGUUCCUCCUUUACAGACGAUACAAACUAUCAAAGGAGGAGGCCGGCGUCCCCCACUACCGUUUUAGGAAGCGAGACAAAGUGAUGUUCUACGGCCGAAAGAUCAUGAGAAAGGUUCAGACACUUUCCUCGGUGCCUGCUUCCAACUCAAACUCAGCCGUGCGGCAGCGAGUGAGGAAGAGGACCAAAGUUCUUUCUAUAGCUCGCAAGAUCCUGCGCAUUCGUAGGGAGCCCCCGACCCUGCAGCCCAAGGAGCCUCCUCCCUGCCUGCUGGAGGCUGACCUCACUGAGUUUGACGUGCAGAACUCCCAUUUACCCUCUGAAGUGCUGUACAUGCUGAAAAAUGUCAGGGUGCUCGGGCACUUCGAGAAACCUCUGUUUUUGGAGCUGUGUCGUCACAUGGUGCUGAUCCAGCUGCACCAAGGAGAGGGACUCUUCCGACCCGGUGACACUGAUGACAGCAUUUACGUUGUUCAAGAUGGCCGCCUGGAGCUGUGCAUCCACGAGAGUGAUGGCACCGAUGCCGUAGUGAAGGAGGUGUUACCUGGAGACAGUGUUCACAGUUUGCUCAGCAUCCUGGACAUCAUCACUGGUUACCCAGCACCUUAUAAGACAGUAUCUGCGAGAGCUGCAGUUCCCUCAGCUGUCCUGCGUCUUCCAGCUGCAGCUUUUCAGUCAGUGUUUGAGAAGUAUCCAGAAACUCUGGUUCGUGUCAUCCAGAUCAUAAUGGUGCGGCUUCAGAGAGUGACAUUUCUUGCCUUACACAACUACCUUGGCCUUACCACUGAGCUCUUCAACCCGGAGAGCCAAGCGAUCUCCAUGGUGUCUGUGGCAAACGUUCUGUGUGAGACUCAUCCACACAAAGGUUUCCGCAGGCAGCAGUCUCACUCUGAUGAUCUGGGCUCUGAAAAAGCUGACACAGCAGAAAAGUCCAGCCUCUCUUCCAUGUCCACAUCAAAAACCAAGAGAUCCCGCUCCCUCUCCAACCCGAUUAUUGUUACAGGGGAAAUGUCACCUGACUUCAAUAGUACAUACGUUCCAGGUGCCAAAGAGGAGACGGUGCCUCAUAGUCCUGUCAAGUCUAUUCUAAAGAAGAGUGUGACAGUGCAGCAAACUCCAUCUGCUGUGUACCAUUACAGUGAUGCAGGAGGAGGAAGUGUCUACUAUAAUAAAGUCAAUGCCAUUUUCCAAGCUGCUAAAAAGGAUCUGCUGCAGGUCAUCCAAUUACAGGACCCCAGUCUGCUGGAUGGGAGGGUGAAUCUUCGCCAGGUCAAAGCUGGAUCUGUUGUAGGCCACCAGGGAGACCAGGAUGUGAGCGUGGCCUUUGUCAUCUCAGGGCUGCUCCAUGUCUAUCAGCGUAUGAUAGACCGCGAAGAGGAGAGCCUGCUUUUUGUUACUCACCCCGGGGAGUUGGUGGGUCACCUGGCUGUCCUCACAGGGGAACCCCUCAUCUUCACAGUGCGAGCGCACCGAGACUGCACCUACCUCUCCAUUUCCAAGGCCCAUUUCUAUGAGAUUAUGCGCGAGGAGCCCAGGGUGGUGCUGAAUGUGGCUCACACUGUGGUGAAGAGGAUGUCGCCAUUUGUUAGACAGAUCGACUUUGCCCUGGACUGGAUGGCUGUGGAGGCUGGCCGUGCUGUCUACAGACAGGGAGACAAGUCAGACAGCACCUUCAUCGUCCUCAGUGGCCGACUGCGCUCUGUCAUUGCAAAGGAUGAUGGGAAAAAAGAGCUUGCCGGGGAGUAUGGCCGCGGAGAUCUAAUUGGUGUGGUUGAGGCCCUGACCCACAUGAACCGAGCCACCACAGUCCAUGCUGUUAGGGACUCGGAGCUGGCCAAGCUCCCUGAAGGAGCUCUGAACUCGAUCAAGAGGAGAUAUCCCCAGGUUGUCACUAGGCUGAUUCAUCUGCUGGGGCAGAAGAUUCUGGGCAACAUGCAACAGGUCACUGGACCCCUGGCUGCUCGUAGUUUGGGUCUCCACACGCCUACCAGCAAGUGGGAUGCUGGGAACCCAGUCUCCAACCUGUCCACUGUGGCCAUCUUGCCUGUGUCCGAGGAGGUUCCACUCACUGCAUUCACUCUGGAGCUACAGCAUGCGCUCUGUGGCAUUGGUCCCACUUUACUCCUGACCAGUGACAACAUAAAACAGCGCCUGGGUUCUGCUGCUCUGGACAGUGUCCACGAGUACCGCCUGUCCAGUUGGCUUGGCCAGCAGGAAGACAUCCAUCGCAUCGUCCUCUACCAGUCUGAUCCCAGCCUCACACCAUGGACCCAGCGCUGCAUCCGCCAGGCUGACUGCAUCAUCAUUGUGGGACUGGGUGAGCAGGAGCCCACAGUGGGCGAGUUGGAGCGAAUGCUGGAGAGUAGUGCAGUCCGAGCUCAGAAGCAACUCGUGCUGCUUCACAGAGAGGACGGCCCACCACCCAAAGGAACGGCGGAGUGGCUCAACAUGCGAAGCUGGAUCUCCAGACACCAUCACCUGUGUUGCCCCCGCAGGGUGUUCUCCAGGAGGAGUUUACCCAAGCUGAGGGAGUUAUACCAGCGUGUGUUUGAAAAAUGUCCAGAUCGUCAUUCCGACUUCUCCCGCUUGGCCAGGAUCUUGACCGGAAACAGCAUCGCCCUGGUGCUAGGUGGAGGGGGUGCAAGAGGCUGCUCUCAGGUGGGCAUUCUGCGGGCACUCAACGAGGCAGGGAUCCCUGUGGACAUGGUGGGUGGCACCUCCAUUGGCUCGUUCAUGGGAGCACUGUAUGCUGAGGAGAAGAGCAUCAGUCGAAUGAGGGUCCGGGCACACGAGUGGGCCAUGGGUAUGACUUCAUACUUUAAGAAGAUCUUGGAUCUGACAUACCCAGUUACCUCCAUGUUUUCUGGAGCCUCCUUCAACUCCAGCAUUAGCUCAGUCUUCAAGAACAAACAGAUAGAGGACCUGUGGUUACCGUAUUUCAACAUUACAACAGAUAUCACAGCUUCCGCUAUGAGAGUUCAUACUGACGGUUCGUUGUGGCGGUAUGUCCGGGCCAGCAUGUCUCUGUCAGGUUACCUGCCACCGCUCUGUGAUCCCAAAGAUGGACAUCUGCUCAUGGAUGGAGGUUACAUCAACAACCUACCUGCUGACGUGGCUCGCUCCAUGGGUGCCAAGGUUGUGAUCGCAAUCGAUGUUGGAAGUCGAGAUGAGACCAAUCUGACCAACUACGGUGAUUAUCUGAAUGGCUGGUGGUUGCUGUGGAAGAGGUUCAAUCCACUGGCUGAGAAAGUCAAGGUCCUGAACAUGGCAGAGAUCCAAACACGGCUUGCCUACGUCUGCUGCGUGCGGCAGCUGGAGCUGGUGAAAGACAGCGACUACUGCGAGUACAUCCGACCGCCUAUCGACCGCUACGGCACACUGGAGUUUGGCAAGUUCGAUGAGAUUGCUGAGGUGGGGUACCAGCAUGGGAAGACACUGUUUGAUGUGUGGCAGCGCAGCGGUGUGGUGGACAGUAUGCUUAAGGACCGACAUCAGGAGGAGUUUCACAAGACCAAAACUGGUCACGUGGUCACAUGUCCAAAUGCCUCCUUCACUGACCUGGCAGAGAUUGUGUCGAGAAUUGAACCCGUCAAGAAUGCUUUAAUCGAGGAGGAACUCUCUGAUGAGUACCAGACAGACUACGAUGAAGAGGCGGUGGAAAGUGCACUGUCUGACUAUGAGGCGUUCACCCCUGGCAGUGAACACACAGAGGAGGAGGAAGAGACAGCAGAUACUGCUGAAACUGAUGAAGACGUUCCAGUCAGAGUUCGACGCCGAUUGAAGAACCCCCUGCAAAGUGCUCCGCUGUGAUUUCCUGUCAGGUGUGCUAUGACUGGAGCACAGUGCUCACUCUCCAGUGCAGUGUUGGCUGUGGUCCAGUGAGCAGCGACGUAACACGCUCACUGAACACUUCAGUAAGGUACAGUCAAUGCUGCCUUCAGACAGUCACAAGUUGCCGUUGUGGUCUCCUUUGGGCUGAUGCGAUGCUCUCCUACUGAUGAGCACCUGUAAAGUUAGGAGGUUUGGCAAAAUAGAAGUUUUAAUGAUGAAAUGAAUACAUCUUAAAAAAACAGUGUGUUUUGUUUCAGCUUGUUUUAUCGUCACAGACUCUGACAGUGUAAUUGCACCACCAGUCUUCAAAACCUAAUACUUGAUAAACACCGAGCCCUUUCUAGGACAGUUCUCUUUCGCCUUGCUGCCUCCGGCCAUGAUGUUCUGAUCCAUACAGUCCUAUACAGUAUUCUAUUUUAUACACAUUCAAGUUAAAAAGUGUUAUGUGAUUACAGAACACUUCAAGUACAGUGUUACCCUCAUUUCCAUCCAAUAAUAAAGGGAUUUCUCCUCUUUAAGAACAGUCCACACACACACAUGUGCCAAAUGCACUCUUAACAGUGGCUGUAAUAAGCUCUUUCAGACAGUGUGUGCAUCAAUCACAUGUUGAAUGUAUGUUUUUUUACAUGAAGGAUUACAAAUGUGUAUGUCUCCUUUCAGCUUGUGUUCCAGUUUCUGUCUAACUUGAAUGCAUAAUUCAAAGUAGUUGAUGAUUGAAUGUAUCAUUAAUGUAGCUAUAGAUGGUUCUGACCAACAAUAUCCUCACAUGUCAUGGCAUUAAAGUUGGAAGUAUUAAUGAUGACUGUAUUCUACUUAAGGGAGGUGCUUUCACAGAUUCACUGUCACAGGAAUCCCCUGGUUGGUGCUAGGUGGGAUAAGGCUGUGGGCUGCUCUGCUCUGCCAUCACUGAUAAAUUACGUUGUUGAUUACAUUUACACUACACACAUGUCGCCCAUGGACAUGCCCAAGGACAGAUAGACACAUGUACUUGUGUCAUACUCCAUGCUAGUUGGCAUGGAGGGAACAAAUUGGAGGAGUGGCUGUCUUGAGAAAGCCCUGGUGUGACACGGGUGUAAGACAGACUACAAAGUAACACUGUCACUGCUUGUAAAAUCCUAUUGAGAAAAAUCCUCACAUCACAACUUCCCACUGUAUAUGCACAUGGCAUUUUUUAUACUCUCUCACAUAGUGUGUCUCUCAUCAAGUUUAUUAUCAGUUCCAGUUUUCAAAAAGAAUCCCCUUAGUGUGCCAACCAAACAUGUGUUUGACUAUUCCAGUUUUAUUAAAGCUAUCCCAUCACAUUUCAGAGAAACACUGCACUUUUUAAUUACUUAAAAAAAAACCUUUUUUGUAACAAAACUAUAUUUUUGAUAUUUAUCUGACAGCAUAAGGUCAUUACUUUCAUUCUUUCUUAUUUUUAUAAAAACAUCUGUUGCAGUUUUGAAAGCUUUCGGGUAUCUGUUAGAAAAAGCAAAUAUAUUGAGGGUGGUGACUGUGAGCUCUGAGACUAUAUUCAGAGUUUUAUUAAUCCAUCCCUUUUUUGGUAGGCACAGACACUGAGAUUUGUUUGUUCAAUCAGUGCUGUGAAAGCACUGGUUCUGUGAAACAACUUAGUUUACUUCCUCCUCCUUUUAGGCACCUUUCUUCUGAUUGGCUGCCCCUCUCGCUUGCAUUUGGAGCAGUCUGAAUCCUGAGCUUUUAGCUUAGGAAUUACUUGUACAUACACUAAACUAUUUGAACUUUGGACAUGCCUAAUACGAACAUCAGCCAUUGUGACAGUAUGGAACUCACCCACGUUUAUGUUGGGUAAUUAUGGUGCAACAUUUGUAACUCUGCAGAGCGUCAUCAGUUCCUGAAUCACAGCAGAAGAGAACAUGCCCAUGGCUGAUCCAGUCUAGCACCAACCACGCCUAAUGGAUCAUUAUUAGUCCUCCUGUGCUUUUCAUUUCAGAAUGGUGUCUUAAAGAAGCACUAUGUCUCAUAUUCUGUUAGUACAAGUCAUUGGAGAACAUUUUAUUAUGCAUGCUGAUACAUACUGUGUUUUUAUUUGCAUAGUGUGUGAUUUUUUUUUUAUUUUUUUUAAGGAUAAACAUUGUCUCAAAUUGAAAGUAGCGCAUUGUGCACCUAUCAGAAAUGACCAUUUCAGCUUGACCAUCACUGACAAGCUAACUGCUGCAUGCUUCAUAAUACAUACAUAUUACUAAAAUACUAAUAGUAAAAUGAUCUAAAUUUUAAAAACAAGAAUCAAAUUUUUCUAACCAAGUAUACAGCACACCAUUUACCUUGUUAUUGCAGGGAAAACACAGAUGUAGCUAAUAUCACUAACAGUGACCAUGAGACAGCCGAGUUAAAUGGGAUGAAGAGAACAUUGAUGCUAUUCAGAACAGGUGCUCUUCACUAUGACUGUGCAGGUCAAUGCAACUGUGCCAUUAAAGGGCCUUACCUUUUUUAUGCCUCCUGUCUUUACACCAACCAAACUUCAAUUUUAAGGCCUGGAGUAAAUGAGUUUUACUAUGUAGUUUGUCAUGCAGUUGCAAGCAGCACAUCCUGCCCUGUCUGGAAAAUGAGUACCUAACAUUAGCCCUACACUAUAAUGGAUCAUUAUGCAGUUUAAAGCCAAGCUUGUACUUUUUAAUCAUUGUGGUUUAUUAUGUGGUGUAUUAAUAUUUCAUAUCAACUGACUGUCCAAGUUUUACAAGAAAACAAAAGUUAAAGUUCCAUAGAGGGAAUAGUUACCAUGACAUUGCAUGUGAAUAACUGAAAUCUUUGUUUUCCAUUUGUUGUGAUGUUUCAUCCUUAAACAGAAUUAUGGAGAGUGAUUCUGAAUGUUAAAUUGUCAAUACACUGUGUGUGUUUAUUUCUUUAAUCUGUGGCCUGUCUGAACGCCAAAAUGAUGCGAUGCUGCAUAAGUCUGCAGAUAAAAUGUUGUUACUAUCUCCAAAAUAAAACUGGAAAUAUA